UGUGUUGUUCACUUCCGUGUAAGCGGCUGCAACACCAGCUCCAUCAGUGUGCUGCUGUCAUUUAUGGGUACAGACAGGUUCCUGUGAAGUUGUGAGACGCUGCUGUUAUGGUUCACUGAUACACAUCCAGAAGAACAGGAACAGGAUGUGGGCCUUUUUAUUUCUUCAUAUCCUGGGACUAACCAUCUGUCAGGCUACUGAAAAAGGCAAUUCAACACAAAUUUAUAAUGUCAAACUGAGAAUAGAGAACAAUGCAAUCAAAAACAUAACUGAGAUACUGAAACCUUUUGUGAGCACCACCAGCCUGAACGUUGACGACCUAAAAAUGACAACAACCUGUCAGAGCACCCCGGAUGGCACAACUUGUAGCUGCGAGUCUGGCUUCAGAUGGAGCGAUAAAGUUUGUCAGUCUAGUCAAAAAUGUUGCGGUGACAAGCAAUGCACCUUCACCGGCAACACAGCUAGCAUGUGUGUUUCAAACACAACAGUUUCUAUCAACGGAUCCAUCAAUUUGCCCGGAGGGGAGUAUCGCAACUGUCUGACAGAUAAAACCUCUGAAGAAUUCAAGGAGUGUCAUAACGAAUUGUUAAGAGAGAUGAAAAAAGUGUACAGCACUUUGAAGGGAUUUGACAGCUUAAAGAUUACCAAAUUCAGGGUUGGAAGCGUCAUCGCAGAAUUUGAACUAAUCAUUGCUAACGAGGUCAGUUCACAAGAGUUGAGUGAAAAAAUGAAACUUCUGAACGAAACUCUGUCAGGAUUCCUUGUCAUGGAGACUAAAGGUGUUGUCCAUUUCCACCCACCGCCUAGCCCAGUGUGUUACAAUGAUCAUCCCAAACUGAAAUGCACGUUACAGGAGGACCUGAAAGUGAAACCAGAGUGGAAGCUGAAAAAUGAACAUAAAAUAGUGUUUGAGAUAUUUAAUGGUACAGAAUCAAGCGUCCAAAUAGCAACAAUGGAAACCAGUGUCACACUGAACAACAUAUCCCGACGCUGGACAGGAGAGUAUACAUGUACCUAUCUUCAAGAGUCAGACUUAUACAACAUAUCUCACAAAGCCAGCACUGCAUUGGACAUAUCCCUCCUGCCAGACAUUGACGUCACCACUGACCCACCGUUUCCACGCUGCCGUAAAAGUUCAGAUUUACUAAACAUUAAAGUCAAAUGUGAGAUAGAGAGCAGCCAUGAGAAUUACAUUGUGUCAUGGGACAAACGCCAUGUCCUCGGAGAAAUAAAACCUGCAAGUCGUCCUGGGAAAACUAAAGGACCUGAAGUACAUGCAGCUGAUACAAUCCUUAGAUGUGAUGACAGCGAACACACGCCAACUAUAUGGUGCACUUUUAAGAACAGGUGCAACGAAAGCAGAACAGCCUCAACAAAUAUCAUUAUCAUAUAUGAAACCGAUCAGUUCUGUGAAGCUGACGGUGAUUGGUCGGAAACCAAAGCUGGAUUCACUGCAGUGUUAAAGUGCGUAAAUGCUUCUGGACAUCGAGAAAGGAAAUGCAGUAAGGGCUCUACAAAGGGGGUAUGGGAAACAGAGUUUUCAGCAUGUGUGAACACAAAAGUGAAUGAUGUGCUGCAGAAAGCACUGACUGUUGACACUGGACUUGGCUCACUAGAUGAAAAUGCUGCAGAUGUGUUUUCCCACCUUUCACAAGUCACUGAUGAGUCAGAGACCAUCAGCGGCUUUGCAAACAUGGAUGCAUCUGUUAAAGUCCUCUCCACUUUGAGUCAAAAGCUAAAAGGCAUAAAUAAUGAUUCAGUAAGGAAUAACUUUCUGGAGUCAUCCAGCAAUAUGCUGGAUAGCUCUCUCAACAACUCAUGGACGGCAAAAACUAACAAAAGCAAUACUUCAUUGGCUGAGAGAUAUCUGAGUUCUGUCGAGCACUUGAUUCAGAUAACAAAUGUAACAAAUGCCCCUGAAACCCCAAACAUAAGGAUAGCUGCAGCCAAUUGCACGCAGAGCUCAGAAUGUAGCAACAAAGUUUUUAAUGCCAGUAUCUCUCUUUCUCCUGCCGACUCUGGCUUUGUAAAAACAGCUGGGUUUAAAGAACUGGAGAACUAUUUGCCCAACAAAGAUCAAGAAUAUGAGCCUAACAGCAUUGUUGUGUCAACAACUGCUGAAAGGGGACAACUGGAUUCAGUUGAGAUUAGAAUCCACUUUCCAUUGCACAGAAAAAGGCGUCCCCACACAUUCAUGAGGUGUGUCUACUGGAAUAACAACACUGGAGGUUGGUCAGAUGAUGGCUGCGAAUGGGACGGUUCCUCCAAUGAGGAACUUUGCAUUUGCAAACAUUUGUCUUCAUUCGCCAUUCUAAUGUCAAAGUAUCCAGUGAAAGUCCCCUGGAUAACAGAGGUUACCUACGUUGGACUGUCUGUAUCAGUCGUGUCACUCAUUAUCAGCCUCGUGGUAGAACUGCUUGUCUGGAACGCUGUAGUGAAGACAAGUACUUUGUAUUUGCGCCAUACUGCCCACGUUAACGUCUCUCUAUGUCUGCUAGUUGCAGAUAUCAGUUUUUUAGCAUCCUCUAAGCCCAGUGAUAUUUCAGAAAUGUGGUGCAAAGUUUUUGUCGUGUUAAAGCAUUUCUGUUACCUGUCCAUGUUCUUCUGGAUGUUUUGUCUGAGCAGCAUGCUCCUUCACCAAGCAACUUUUCUGUUCCAUAAUGUGAGCAAGAAAAUCUACCUGAGGUUGUCACUCUUCCUGGGCUAUGUGUGUCCUUUGCUGAUUGUUGUCAUCACAGUUCUUAGCUAUAAGGGUGGUGCUGAAGGCGAGUACUUCUCCCAUGAGACCUGUUGGCUGCGUUACACUGCACUUAUGCAAGGGUCCAUCCACACAUUUGUCGUACCAGUCGGUACCAUUGUCAUAUUCAAUGUGUUCUCCAUGCUGGUGGUGAUCAUGAAGCUUUUGGAUCGCCCUACGAAUACAGAGCGGUCCAAUGAACAGGAGAGAAAAGCUGCCCUAACUGUCAUUAGGUCAGUUAUCCUUCUGACUCCAAUCUUCGGUGUGACUUGGAUUUUCGGCUUUGCCGUGAUGCUUCUUGACCUCACAAGUGGAACCAUGGUCUUCGUAAUCAAUUAUGCCUUUACCCUGCUGAACUCCUUCCAGGGUUUCUUCAUUUUGUUGACCACAUGCCUGGGGGACAAACUGACACGUGAAGCACUGCUGAGUCAUCUGAAGAGAAAACCUCUGGCAUCGACUACUGACAGCACCACCAAGUUAGACUCAAGUGGGAAGAAGUAAAAAAUUGUCUCAAAUAGCUGCACUGCAAUCUAAACAAACUACAUUUUACACAUACAAUUGCAGAUAUUCCCUUCAUAAGCCUUAUUUACAUGCACUUGAUGAUUUUGUUGUUGUUAUUUUGAUUCAUUACCUGUGAUACAAUCCACUGUACAUUGUUUGUUUUUGACAGGAAAUAUUUUACGGAUGCACAAUAUUGGAUUUUGGUUAUUGGAUUCGCUGGAGGCAAAACACGACUCUCCGCCUCAGGGCAGUAGGCUACAUAGAGGUCUUAAAAAACAAAGACCACUUUGGUUAAAUGCGAUAAGACGAAGGGACUGGACGGAUCAUGAAAAGUGCUUGCAUGUGCAGCACACACUUCAAGUCAGGUUUGGGAAAAGGUAUUUCCUGUUGUAAGGACAAAUGACGUUUUGUGUAUUAAGGGUUAUCAUGUCCACCUCAUCAGAAACUGGGGGGGUAUUAAGAGAGAUAUUGGAUUUCUAAGUAAUCUUAACUUUUAGCACAUUAGCUAACGUUAGCUUCAAUAGCAAAACAAACUGGAGAAAACUGUUCAAGUGUCGUCUUCCUUUGUAAGAUUGGCAUAGUAAUCAACCACAAAGCUUCCUGUGACAUCAUCCAUCCACUGAGUGAGAGCAUACGGGUCGGCCAGUCUGGUCCCAUGGGUCAGUGUUUGCUUACUCUAGUAACACUCCUGGCCCCGGAGAGUGAGUGACCUGACAUGGUGCGUUCAUAAUUUCAGUAUGACGCUCUACCCUAUAAUGAGAGCCCUGUUGGUUGAAGAAAUGGAGCGUUAUAUUUCUAUAUGCAUUAACAAACGGUUAAGUAAAUCACAUAUUCACUUUGCUUGGUACUCUGCUACUCCAUCUCCCCAGCCACAGUACAUUCUGACAGCUUAUUUAUGAACAGUCCAGCUUGUGCCAGAGAGCACUCCGGGCACUCGGAAUGAAUAUUACUGAGUGCACCACUUGAAUCAUCUUCCUUCAUUGUCUAAAACAAGCCAAUAGAGCUUGCUAGCUAGCACUGGCUAAUGUCUGUGGAGAAUUGUUUUGCCUCCAGCUAAGCACCGCAACGUCAUACUUUACUAACAGCAAAAGGGUCUAUAUCCACUUAUUUCCCCACUUAAUUUUAGUGAUCAAGUCUCUUCUGUAGUGGAAUUAACAUCAUAUUAUGCAUGUAUACUCUUAUUCUGAUAGCCCUAUGUCAUGCUCUUCAGUGUAUAUAAUAUUCAUUCAUUGUGCAAAAUAAGAAUAGGCAUGUUGGCAGAUUCUGACAGUUAAUUCUAAAGCCGAUAUCAGCCAAUACCGAUGACGUGCCGAUAUUAAUGUGCAUCCCUAAAACAUUUCCAACUUGUAUUCUUCAUUCAUUGCUAUAAAUUAAAUUACAUAUAAAGUUCAGAUAUGGUUUGAGCAAUACUGUGUGUGUUAUCCAUUACUAAUAAAGCACUGAAACACUGACAA